UUGAAGCUGGCGGGUUGGGCCAGACUGGGUGAAUCUACAGACCUACCGACCGACCGACCGACAGAAAGAAAGAAAGCGGGGAGAAAAGUCCAGGCGCAAACCCACGGCGUUAAUCUGCGCAAACACAACCGCAAAGCUGCGCAAAGUGUGAUAAGAGAACUUCUUCGUUUUGAUUUAUUCGGAUACAUCCCGCUACCUCUCGGCGUGCCACUCUUUAUCUCGCACUAACCCAAUGUGGGAGAGUGAUUUGAGUUGACAAGCUACUGUAUCCCCCCCACCCCUCCUCUCCACACAACCAGGAAAUCGUCGAGGUGUGCUUUCUCUAACACCGCUCCUGCUGCCCCGUCUGCGGGGGUAGAUGCGCCCUUUUCCCCUCGAUUUCUUUUUUAUUUGGGACUUUUUUUGUACUGAAGAGCCGGGCUUCUGCUCUGAAGUCGGACAAACUUGAGGAGAGGAGCUCCACUCUGGCCGAACAAUGAGUGAGUCGAGUAUUUGCCAGGCUCGGGCCACUGUGAUGAUCUAUGACGAUGGCAACAAGAAGUGGCUGCCGGCGGGCGCGGGGCCUCAAGCCUUCAGCCGAGUCCAGAUCUAUCACAACCCCACCACCAACGCCUUCAGGAUAGUGGGGCGCAAGAUGCAGGCGGACCAGCAGGUGGUUAUUAACUGUCCAAUAGUGAAAGGGCUCAAGUAUAACCAGGCCACGCCCAACUUCCACCAGUGGAGAGAUGCCCGGCAGGUGUGGGGGCUGAACUUCGGCAGCAAAGAGGACGCCACUCUGUUCGCCAACGGCAUGUCUCACGCUCUGGAGGUGAUCACCUCCAUGGCAGACGCAGAGGUUGCACACUCAUCUGAAUGGGUAGAAGAAGGCUACGCAACUCUCCCCCGUCCAGUCUCAAAUGGACCCACUCCAGAAGAGCUGGAACAGCGAAGGUUGGAGCAGCAGAGGCUGGAGCAGCAGGAGAGAGAGAGACUGGAGCACGAGAGACUGGAGCACGAGAGACUGGAGAAUGAGAGACUGGAGAGAGAACGACAAGCUGCUGCAGUCCCUAUAGCUCCUGCUCCCCCGCCGGCCACUGGAGGCCCCCCCCCUCCACCGGCUCCUCCUCCACCCCCCGGCCCUCCUCCGGCUCCUGGACCUCCACCUAGUUCUGGCAUCCCUCCUCCACCGGGACCACCUCCCACAGGUCCUCCGCCAGCACCACCCCUACCCAUUCCGGGAGGGGGAGGAGGAGGAGGAGGAGGUGGGGGAGGAGGAGGAGGUGGAAGUGGAGGAGGUGGCAGCAGUGAUGGAGGCGGAGGAGGUGGUGGUCUCGGAGGACCCGGGGGUUUAGCGGCUGCCUUAGCAGGAGCUAAACUGCGCAAAGUUUCCAAGGUGAGUACGCUGGUUUUACGGUCCUGUCACUCUUUAAGCUUCUCUUGAAGCAACAUAGAACAU